CAUGUUUUUCUACUCAUUAUGAUUGACAACAGAUAUAAUUCGAACAUUUCUUCUCUCUCUGACCAUUUCCCCCUUUUUUUAUGAAAAAUCUCAUCACGUCAGUCUGUAGAUGCUUUUCUUUACGCGCUUGUUGAUUGUCAACUGUCCGAGAAUUAAGUUAAUCUAGUGUCGAGUCCAUAAGCAUUGUAGCCCGUUUCGAUCUACAUAAGGCUUCUGGAAUACUGUCAGAAGCCGAGCAGGGAAGCAAAGAUCUGCGUAAAAAAUGAGCGUAAUCGAUAUUUUGACCCGAGUUGAUGCCAUCUGCAACAAAUAUGAGAAGUACGAUGUGGAGAAACAGAGGGAGAACCAGAUCUCGGGAUCUGACGCCUUCGUCAGGCUUUACAGCGUCGUCGAGUCUGACAUCGAGGCAGCUAUGCAGAAAGCGAAUGAUGCAGCAAAGGAGAAGAACAGAGCAGUCGUUGCGACUUUAAAUGCUGAAAUUCGACGCACCAAGGGUAGAUUGCAUGAAGAAAUCCCUAAGCUGCAGAAAUUGGCUCAGAAAAAGGUUAAAGGGCUUUCAAAGGAAGAGCUUAUCGCUCGCAAUGAUUUGGUCAUAGCUCUAGAAGAUAAGAUUAACUCCAUACCUGAUGGAACAACCACAGGCACCCAACGAGUUGGAGGAGUGAAGACAUCAACUGCACGUACACGUACAGAAAUCAAAAUAGACUCAAAUUCAGGUGGGAUGCACACUGAAUACUUUGAGCAAACUGAGGAAUCUAGUCAAUUUAGACAAGAUUAUGAAAUGCGAAAAGCCAGGCAGGAUCAAGGAUUAGAUAUGAUUGGAGAGGGGCUUGCUACACUGAAGAACAUGGCCCAGGACAUAAAUGAGGAGCUGGAUAGACAAGUGCCCUUGAUGGAUGAGAUUGAUACAAAGGUUGAAAAAGCAACAGCGGACCUAAAGAACACAAAUGUUAGAUUGAAAGAGACGGUUACUAAGAUGCGGUCCAGUCGGAAUUUCUGUAUAGAUAUUAUUCUUCUUUGCAUUAUAUUGGGAAUCGCUGCCUAUUUGUACAAUGUCUUGAAGAAAUAAAGAACAGGAAGAAGAUUUGUUUCAUUGCAUUUGCAGCGAAGGUGUCUCUUAUGAGGAGUUGAUUUUAGUCUGACAUGUGUCUGCUCUGAUGCUGCUGGCAAAUCUUUCAGAGAACUGAUUGGCUUGUUGUCUACAGUUUCCCUAUAUUUGUGCAUUUUGUUAAUCUUCACAUUCAUGGCAUUUGUUCAAUGCUUUCUUCUAUUGUGUUAUAAUGGUUUUAUUGUUAAUGUCAUUAUUAUCUUUGUAUAGAACAGCAUUGGAGACAGAUAUUCAUUGCUCGAGUGUUUCUAAUUAGUAAUUUGUUUUUUUGGUGUGUGGGAUACUUGAUUAUUCUAUUCCAUUCUUUCAAUUUGAAAUAUGAGAUCAUCAUGAGAUAAUUUUCUUUUAA